GUCACUUGGCUAUGGACACCAACGUCUUCUCUCUUCCGGUCCUUCUUCUUCUUUCCCUUCUCUUCUUCUCUCAACCUAUCCAUCGCUCUUCGGCAAGUGAUACCAUUUCUAUCGGUCAAUCUCUCUCUGGAAGCCAGACGAUGAUCGCCAAGGAAGGCAACUUUGAGCUUGGUUUCUUCACUCCAGGUAACUCCGGCAACUCCUACAUAGGCAUAUGGUACAAGAAACUCCCGGGGCAAACUGUUGUUUGGGUGGCAAACAGAGGCAACCCCGUCUCCAACGCCUCCGGUGCAGAGUUGCGUCUCUCCGAUGAUGGCAAUUUAGUCGUCCUCAACAGCUUCAAAGUCCCCGUCUGGUCUUCCAACUCCACCAUAUCAACCUCGAACGCCAGCGUGGCGGUCCUUCUCGACACCGGAAAUCUUGUGCUGAAAGAUGGGUCGAACUCGUCCACUCUACUCUGGCAGAGCUUCGAUCAUCCCACCGACACAUGGAUGCCAGGUGGAUGGCUUGGAGUGAACAAGAUCACAGGGGAGUACCAGAGAAUCACCUCGUGGGAGAACCCGGAGAACCCUGCGCCCGGGCCUUUCGCUCAUAGCAUGGACCCUGACGGCUCCAACCAGUAUGUUCUCCUGUGGAAUAGAUCUGAAAUCUAUUGGAGUGGCGGGCUCUGGAACGGCCAGUACUUCACCGGAGUCCCUGCAACCAAAGAAAGCACUGUGUUCAACUUCACCUUCGUCGACAAUCGUGACCGGAAGUUCGCUACGUACACGAUCACCGAUAGUGCUUUCAUAACUCGCUUCGUGAUCGACUCCGCCGGGCAGGGCAUGCAGUGGUUCUGGCUCAACACGACCCAGGAAUGGCAGACAGUCUUCACGCAACCAGUAGCUCACUGCGAUGUCUAUUCUCUCUGCGGGCCCUUUGGUAUCUGCAACCAGAAGAGCUCCCAACUCUGCCAGUGUCUGGUUGGAUUUGUGCCGACUUCGAUCCAUGAGUGGCAGCUAAAUGACUGGAACUCAGGAUGUAAAAGAAGAACUGGAUUACAGUGCGGGAAUCGAACCUCGGACAACGGAGAGAAAGAUGGAUUUCUGUUGAUGCCCAACGUGGGAUUGCCUGCCAACCCAAGGAGAUUGACGGCUGGAAGUGAUAAAGAAUGCAAAGCAGCUUGCUUCAGCAACUGCUCGUGCACCGCAUACUCCUUCCAAAAUGGAUGCUCGAUUUGGAGCGGGGCUCUUCGGAACCUUCGGCAGCUUGAUGACGGUGACAGCGAGGGUGGCGGUCCUCUUUACAUCCGCCUUGCCUCCACCGAUCUCCCCAGUUCGAGCGGUAGUUCUCAUAAGCUGACUACAGGAAUCGUUAUAGGAAUAGCUGCUGGAGGAGUCGUCAUCUCUUUUUUCGUCGUCUUCGUCCUAAUUUGGGCUCGUCGAAGAAGGAAAAUAACCCAAAGGUCAAAGCAAGCAGAUGCUUCUUUGGUCCCAUUUCCAUACAGCGAUUUGCAGCGUGCCACCAAGAAUUUCUCUGAGAAGCUGGGAGGUGGAGGCUUUGGCGCUGUCUACAAAGGUACUCUGCCGGAUUCGGCCGCGGUAGCCGUGAAGAAGCUCGAAGGGCUCAGGCAGGGCGAGAAGCAAUUCCGAGCCGAAGUGAGCACACUGGGUGCGGUUCAGCACGUCAAUCUUGUUCGUCUUCGUGGCUUCUGCUGUGACAGAGACGAAAGGCUUCUGGUCUACGAGUACAUGCCCGGCGGUUCUUUGGACUCGUAUCUCUCGGGAGACAACACUGCGGUUCUAGGCUGGAAGCAGAGGUACCAACUACUUCUCGGGAUCGCAAGGGGAUUGGCCUACCUCCAUGAGAGCUGCAGGGAGCGCAUCAUCCACUGCGACGUGAAGCCGGACAACAUACUUCUCGACGCAAACUUCUGCCCCAAAGUAGCAGACUUCGGCAUGGCGAAGCUGAUGGGGCGCGACUUCAGUCGGGUGCUGACCACCAUGCGCGGAACCGUAGGCUACCUCGCGCCGGAGUGGCUCUCAGGCCUACCCAUCACCCCCAAGGUUGACGUUUACAGCUUCGGCAUGAUGGUCCUCGAACUGGUGUCGGGAAAGCGGAACUCGUCGCACUCUGAUGGGGAUAGCGGCGCAGCAUUCUAUCCUUACUGGGCCGCGAAGCAGAUCACGGAGGAGAACACACUGAGCUUGCUGGACUCCAGACUGGAAGAAGCUCCUCCUGAUGAGGAAGAACUAACCAGAGUGUGUAGAGUCGCCUGCUGGUGCAUUCAAGACGCGGAGUCGCAGAGGCCUACGAUGGGGCAGGUCGUGCAGAUUCUGGAGGGAAGCUUGGAGGUGAACAAGCCGCCGCUGCCGCUGGGACUGAAGAUUCUAAUGGAAGAGGAGGGCAAGAUCGCGUACCAGUUGCCCUCCACCGACCCAUCGACCUCCGUAGCCACCGAUACGUCCGAGGAUUCCGUACCCCUCCAUGGAAGAUACAAGGCUAAAGGUGCAUUGUUGGACUGGAAAAUACGGUACAACAUCAUCGUGGGGAUUGCUCGAGGCCUUCUGUACCUCCACCAUGAUUCUAGAUUCAGAAUCAUUCACAGGGAUCUGAAAGCUAGCAACAUCCUUCUUGACAAGGAUAUGAACCCCAAGAUAUCGGACUUUGGCAUGGCAAGGAUGUUUGGAGGGGACGAAACAGACGCAAGAACCAGGAGAGUCGUCGGGACGUACGGAUACAUGUCUCCCGUGUACGCCAUGGACGGAAUCUUCUCGGUGAAAUCUGACGUCUUCAGCUUCGGUGUUUUGGUGCUGGAAAUCUUAAGUGGCAAAAAGAACAGAGGAGUCAAUCAAUCUUCUAGCACAUAUAUGGAGUCUUUGGAACGAAGAUUGGUGAUGGCCAGGCGGAUGAGGAAGGGCUCGGCGCUUCUCUACCUUCUCACUGCUUCUAUCCUCUGUUCCCCCACCAUUGGAGACGACACUGUCACACCCGCCCGACCUCUCGUCGACGACGGAGGAACCACCUUAAUUUCCGCUAGUGGCAGCUUCGAGUUGGGCUUCUUUAGCCCCGCAGGUUCCAGCAACCGCUAUAUCGGCAUAUGGUACCACCGCAUCCCGGUCCAGACAGUGGUGUGGGUUGCCAACCGCCAGCGGCCGGUCACCGGCAGUUCCGGAAAGCUGUCCUUGGAGACGGACGGAGCACUCGUGAUCACCGAUGGCAAGAACUCCACCGUCAUCUGGUCCUCGGGCUCGCUGGUCCUUGGGAACCCAGUGGCGCGGCUCCUCGACAACGGGAACUUCGUCGUGGAGGAGGAGGGCAGUGACGACGACCAGAGCAGCUUUGCUUGGCAGAGCUUCGACUUCCUGACGGACACGCUUCUGCCGGGCAUGAAGAUCGGGUGGAACCUGACGAGCGGGCUGAACCGCAACCUCACGGCAUGGACGAGCGUCAGCGAUCCGGCGCCGGGCGUGUAUGCCAACGGCAUCGACAAGAACGGGAAUCCCCAAAUAUUUCUGUGGUCCAGGAGCCAUCCGUACUGGCGUGGGGGGUCAUGGAACGGCCGCCAGUUCGGUGGCGUCCAACAGAUGAUGACCGGCAACGUGUUCGACAAGAAGUUCGUGGUGGACGCCCGCGAGAUCGUGUACUCGUUCUACAUGCGCGACCCCUCGGUCGUCUCAAGGCUGGUCAUGAACCAGUCGGGCAUCCUGCAGCGCCUCGUGUGGCACGAAGACAGCGAGAUGUGGAGCGUCUUCUGGUCCGCGCCCCAGGACCAGUGCGACUACAGGUUGUCGCCCUGCGGCCCCUACGGCGUCUGCUAUCCCAACGAAUUCGCGAUGUGCAAGUGCUUGCAGGGGUUUCACCCCAAGAAUCCCAGCAGAUGGAGUCAGAGGGAUGGGACGGAUGGAUGCGUGAGGAACACGGCGUUGGACUGCCGGAACGGGACCGAUGGGUUUAUCACACUCAGCAGCGUGAAGAUACCGGACACGUCGACGUCGAUGGUGGUCAGGAGCAUGAGCCUGGAGGAGUGCGAGGUUUUGUGCCGGAGGAACUGCUCCUGCAAAGCCUAUGCCAGCGCCAACAUCAGUGGGACCGGGAGCGGCAGCGGGUGCAUCAUAUGGACGACGGAGCUCACCGAUAUCAAAAUGUACGACAGUGGUUCAGGACAAGAUAUCUAUGUCAGGCUGGCGGCUGCCGACCUUGGCUCUGAAUCAAACCAGUCUCACCGGAAUCAUGUGGUCGUGAUCAUCAUCGUAGUCUCUGCUCUGGCAACCUUUAUCCUGCUUUCUGUUCCUUGCUUCGUUUGGAAAAGGAAGAAGAGAAGAAAUCGCUACAUUGACGAAGAAACGCACGAACAGGACAUGGACCUACCACUAUAUGAUUUGGACACAAUAGCAGACGCCACCGGCAACUUCUCCACGGACAACAAGCUUGGUGAGGGCGGUUUUGGUCCAGUAUACAAGGGUAAGCUGCGGGAGCUAAAAGAGAUAGCUGUGAAGAGGUUAUCCGAGACAUCGACGCAGGGCCUGGCUGAGUUCAAGAACGAGGUAACGCUAAUUGCCAAGCUACAGCACCGUAACCUUGUCCGGCUUCUCGGUUGCUGCAUUCAAGCAGGGGAGAGGAUGCUGAUCUACGAGUACAUGCCCCACGGAAGCUUGGAUUCCGUCUUGUUUGACACGACUAAAGGUGCAAUGUUGGACUGGCAAACACGGUACAACAUCAUCGUGGGGAUUGCUCGAGGCCUUCUGUACCUCCACCGUGAUUCUAGAUUCAGAAUCAUUCACAGGGAUCUGAAAGCUAGCAACAUCCUUCUUGACAAGGAUAUGAACCCCAAGAUAUCGGACUUUGGCAUGGCAAGGAUGUUUGGAGGGGACGAAACAGACGCAAGAACCAUGAGAGUCGUCGGGACGUAUGGAUACAUGUCUCCCGAGUACGCCAUGGACGGAAUCUUCUCGGUGAAAUCUGACGUCUUCAGCUUCGGUGUUUUGGUGCUGGAAAUCGUAAGUGGCAAAAAGAACAGAGGAGUCUAUCAAUCUUCACACCACCUAAAUCUUCUAGCACAUGUAUGGAGUCUUUGGAAUGAAGGUAAAGGGCUGGAAUUAGCGGAUGCGUCAAUGGGGCCGUCGUCGCUUCCCGUGGCCGAAGUCAUGAAGUGUAUAAAGGUGGGACUUUUGUGCGUUCAAGAUCGACCAGAAUACAGACCAACGAUGUCGUCGGUGGUGGAGAUGUUGGGCGGUGACAGUGCUCUCCUACCGCAGCCAAGACAACCAGGUUUUAUCGUUGCAAAAGAUUCAUCUGAAACCAAUUCAUCUACAAGCAAGCAAGACUCGUCCACAAACCACGUAUCGAUGACGAUGUUGGAAGGUCGAUGA